CAGAGCCUAUUUAAAGCAACGAACACCCGGAAGUGGCCGCAAAUUCAAACCGCCAUCACAGCAACAAUAAACGCGCAUUUUCUCCGCUCGGACUGUGAGAGGGAUCGAUGAAAAAAGACAAAAACUGGGUGCAAACGCGCAGAGGAUAUCCUUGAGUUCGCAGGGGCAAGAGAAGCAACCUGAGAUGGAAGAAGAAAUAAGCACUGCUGAGACGGAACAAGGAGAAGCUGUGAGCAAUGAGGUCAAUGAGUCCACUGUCGAAACACCCAACAGUAUUCCAGUUAAAAGAGGGAGGGGGAGGCCACAAGGGUCAAAGAAACUGAAGGUGUGUGUCACAGAUGUUAACCUAACAGACCUGGGGUCAGGCAUUUCCAACGGUGAGUCCACACCCACCCCCAAGAGGGGAAGAGGGCGUCCAAAAAUGUCUGUCAUAAAACCCACAGGGCAGCAAGAAUCAGGGGAUGACCAAACUGACAGCCCUGUGAAAACCCCCAAGAGCCGAGGUAGGCCCAAAGGAUCCAAAAGUAAGACCAGUGAAGAAGAGAGUGCUGUGACAGACGGUUCCCCUAAAAAAAGAGGCAGGCCAAAAAAGUCUCUCUCUGCUUCAGCUGAAGUCUUACCGAAUGGUGAAUCUGAUGUGCCAAAACCAGGAAGGGGUCGCCCUAAAGGGUCUGGUAAACGCAAGUCAGAAAGUCUUAGAGAGAAUGCAGGCACCUCUGGAUCACCUAGAAAAAGGGGUCGACCAAAGGGCUCUCCUAAUAAGAAACCCAGGAUGGAGAGACUGUUGGGUGAAAGUGGGAGAGGUCAGCGGAAGACGGUAAAGGUGAAUUACAGUGAAGCUAAGGACUCGACAUACAGCGUUUCAGAGACGUCUGAUAGCGAAGAGCACACAGUCCAGAAGCGAAGGGGUCGGCCUAAAGGCUCUUUAAACAAGAAGAAGUAUGGUAAAGUGGGCCGGCCUCGCAAAGUACCACUCCUUCCUCCUCCUGUAAAACAGAAACGGGGUCGACCAAGAAAACAAAUUGUAAAAAGGGGGAGGCCCAAGAAGUCCCCUGAGCUGUUAACUGUGGAGAAGAAAAUGCCAAAAGUGUGGAAGGCUUUAGGAAGGCCGAGGAAAUACCCACGUGCUGAUCCCCCUGAGGAGGAGGCUGAUUCAGUUCCUAAAAGACGCGGUCGACCUCCCAAGGCUGAGUCAGGGAGAGGCGCUCAUCUACGCAAGAAAGCAUCAGACUCUCCAUCCUCACCCAGCGCUGCAUCUCCAAGAAAAAGAGGCCGACCCCCAAAGAGUGGAGAAAACGGCGAAACCCCGAGGAAGAGGGGCCGUCCUAAAGCUUCGGUCAACAAAGCCGACGAAGUCGAAGUCGAAACACAACUCGCCAGCGAUCUCCCCGAUGAGUCCAAAGCAGCGAGCGAUUCAUCUGCUGUCGGAGAAGAGGAGGUGGAGCAGCACGAGGAGCAGAUUGUGGAGCAGAGCGAGGAGAUGACGCCCACCGAGCUUGAGGAUGAUACUAAAGAAAUGCUUGCCGAUGCAGAAGGCUUGGAAGACAAUAAUCAGGCUUGAUGAACCACCUUGUUAUGAUCAGAACAGCUGAUGUAGUCACUAUUGAAUACAAUCCUGUCAAUGAGAAAAAAAGAAGAAAAAAAAACAUACUUGACAUUUUGUCAGUUGGGUAGGCUGGAUAUUCAGCAAGCUCUCCUUUUUUCCUGACUAACUUGUCCAUGUUGAUUUAAUGUGCUUGGGUUUUGUUUGUUUUUUUAGCGUAUUUUAGUUCUGUCAUCUGAGUAAGCAGUAAUUCUUAAUAUCUUUUACUCAAACUGGCAUGUAGAGUUUAUUAUUCUAGACCAAUUGUUUUAGCGUUCAUUUAGCUUUCAGAUGUAGUGUUUGUCAGUCUAACUGUAACAGUGGAAAGGUUGCUUGGGAAUGAAUCAGAUAGAGGAAAAAAUUAGGAUAGACAAAAAAACAAAGAGCAGUGAAACCAUAGAGAGCCAAAGUCUUGACGUCACAUCGGACUAGCCUCUGUCCUACCAGCCUCUGUGAGAACUGUCUUUCAUGUUUAGCAUUGAAGUCUGUUUUUAAUGCAGUCCAGUUGUGUUCCUUGAGUUAACUUCUUCAUAUUUUAGGAUGAACUGGCAUACAAGUUAAAUCAUAAAUGUCUGAAAACUAGAUAAUUUACCAACUGAUCCCGUUCACAUGAUCUGUUUUUAGUUAUCCACACAAAUACUAAACUGUAAAUUGUUCAUUCAAAGGAUACCCGAACACCCAAUUGAAAAAAUUUCUCCGUCGGAAUGAGACUUUGUGUUCCAAAUCUUGAUUUUUACGAUGUUUUUAGUAUAGAUGUGAAAUUACUUCGGAUCUCCAUUGAAUGAGUUUGAAGACUUGUGUGUCGAAAUCCUGUCUCGUUUUAUUUUUAAUGCCAUUUCCAUGUCGUCAUAUUUAGUUUGCCUUAAUAGCCAAAGCUUUGAAUGUAUCAUCAGUUAGUGUUUUUCAGAUCAAUGAGUUGUCCAGUUAAGGUUUUUUUUUUUAAUGCAUUCCUCCACACGAUUGAACUACUGCAUCAAAUGCCUUCCUGACACUCACAGUCGCCCUAAAGAUUUCCUCCUCUCCUCGUUUGUUAGUAUCAGCUGUUUUUGUCUAGCGGCCGUUUUUUUUGUUUCUUUUAUGUUUUAUCUGUGAAGCUUUUUAUUAAAUUUUGUUUCUCCAACUUAGGACCACCAUGAGGUAAAAAAAACAUCUGAUUUCACAAAGAUUGGACUUUUUUUGAGCACCUUGUGUAAAGCUGUCACAUGAUUUGUAUGUCAUUAUAGAGGAUGUUAACACCUUUGCUGUCGGGUUUCCAAAUGCCAAACUGUGCUUCUUCUGUGUGUCACGUCGUCAAACAAAUCAUGUGAGCUGAGGAAGAAAACUGAGAACAAUGGUUUUGAAAAUCACAUCAAAUUUGAUCCGGCAUCGUGAGGUCAAACUGUUUUAAAUGGAAAUGUUCGGAUUAUGUGUGUUUUGAACAAGAAGUCAAUUUGUGAGAUUAUACUCUUGAAUUAAAAUGUUGAUCUUGCCGUUUUA